CUCUCUCUCUCUCUCUCUCUCUCUCUCUCUCUCUCUCUCUCUCUCUCUCUCUCUCUCUCUCUCUCUCUCUCUCUCUCUCUCUCUCUCUCUCUAUCCCUCUACACUGGCACUUGUUGAAUUCAACCCCUAGAGAAUAGAGAGAGGGGAGAGAAACAGAGAGAGAUAAUGACAGGGAGGCAGAGGGAGGCUUUGAGACAGCGCUAGAACAGACAGCAAGCAGAGAAAAUGGGGCUUUGGAAGAUCUAGAGAUAGAAGAUAUGCUGUGGAAGACAGACAGAGAAAAGUCGGCCAGACAGCAGAGAGAAUCAUUUUUCAGACAGUGGGAAUGACACUUUAAGUGAAAGAGAGCGUCGACCAGACGGAGUACAUCAGACUGCUCUCCUUCCAUCUCUAACUACUCCUCUUCUGUCCCGGUCCUGACUUGCUGGUGGUGUGUUUGUGUGUAUCAAGGCUCCAUGGUGUGUCUCAACCAGAGGACUGGCUUACACAGGUCAGAACUGUCUGGGAUAACAGUGAGCACAUUUUUCUGCAUUUGUGCAUGUGAGAGAGACUGUUAGCGGGGGGAAAAGUUGUGUGCUGGUUUCUCCAGGUGAGUGCUUGCAUGCCAGAGUACACAGUAAUUUCCCUAUGCAAGCCUGUGCUGUGUGUGUGCGUGUGUGCCAGUGUGCGUGCAUUUAGGCAUGCACACUUUUAUGUAAGUAAGCCAAAGUGCAUGUCUGUUUGUAUGGAGUGCAUGAAGUGGGAGAGAAAGAGAGAGAGUGUGUGUGAGAGAGGCGGUGACAUUUUUUUCAGUUUGUAUUCCUGGAAACUGUUCUGCAGCAUUGCUCAAUAAUGAAACUAGUGCGUAUAUGUAUGUGUGUGUAUGUGUGUGUGUGUGUGUGUGUGUGUGCGUGUGUGUAUAUGUGUGUGGGUUGGUGGGGAGAAGAAAAAAACUAUGACACAAGGUUCAGGGAAGGAGAGAAGGUGCAAAUAUGCCUGGAGAAUGUUAGUGAGAAGGAGUGAAGAAAGCUAUCAAAGUUAAUAUAGAAUUGUGUUUAAGACGUAAGUUGUUAUGAGUUUAAAAAGAGGACGAAUGCUAGCAAAGGUAUGUUGUGGGAAAAAAUCAGGGAGAACAACUUAAAAUGUGAAAAACUGGUUGAAUUCAGUGUGAUUUCAUCCGUGAGAAAAGUUCUGCUCGAGGCUGAUUUACAGGUCAUCAGAGUAUUGGUGUGGAUGCGUUGAGAGUGCAAUACUGAUUUGAGUCUAAGCUUCUUGGAAUAUAAGUCAUGUAAAAUAACUUAGCCUUAAGAUGCCUCUCUCGUUGGCAGUGUUUGCAGUGAAUAUCUGAAACCCCAUCUUCCUCUUUGUCUGCGUUCAACAUGUCCCAGCUGCUCCAUGUGGAGAUCCCGAACUUUGGAGCCACAGUUCUGGGCUCCCUUAAUGAGCAGCGCCUGCUGGGACACUACUGCGAUGUAUCGAUCCUGGUCAAAGGUCAGGCGUUCAAAGCCCACCGGGCUGUUUUGGCUGCCAGCAGCCUCUACUUUCGUGACCUCUUCAGCACCUCCACCAAGACCCAAUUUGAGUUGCCCUCCUCAGUCACACCUGCUUGCUUUGAGCAGAUCCUCACUUUCUGCUAUACAGGGAAGCUAACCAUGGCAGCUAGCGAACAGCUGGUGGUCAUGUACACAGCUGGCUACCUCCAAAUCCAGCAUAUAGUUGAAAGAGGCAUGGACCUAAUGUUCAAGGCAAACUCACCUCACUGUGACUCGCAAACUGCAGGGUCCUUAGAGGAAACGGGAUCCGAGCCACAGAGUCCUUGUAAUAAUGGUAACGGCCUAGCGGUGGCUGCUCUUUUGGCAACCCCUGGUUGGUCUCCAUCCCUAAUCAUGCCGCAACGUAAGAUUAAACUGGAGGGGGCUGACCCAACACCCCUGACAGUACCUUCAACACACAAGAUUUCAUCUUCGGAGUUGGGGAGUCGGCUGGCGAGGGCAAGUUCCUUGUUCUACACCACGGCAGCAGGGACCCCCAUGACUGGUAUGCCUUCUUACCACCUACAAGGGCCUGGUGGAGGUGGAGCAGGAGGAGGAGCUGGAGUUGAAAGGUCCAGUCCUGGGUCAUCCAGCCUUCCCACCACUGACAGUCCCACAUCCUACCAGAAUGAGGAUGAGGAGUUUGAGGAAGAGCCAUAUGACGGAAUCACAGAGGAUGCCUACAGUCAUCUCUAUGGGCGAUCAGCUAACCCCUACGGGAUCCAGGACAAGCCAGAGAUGGCGGCGGUGCCCUUGGCCUUGGAGAACCGCAACUGUGUGCUGAUCCGCAGGGACCUGGUGGCGCUGCCUGCAAGCCUCAUCAGCCAGAUAGGCUACCGCUGCCACCCUAAACUCUACACUGAGGGCGACCCUGGGGAGAAGCUGGAAUUGGUAGCUGGUACACAGGUGUUCAUGACUCGAGGCCAGCUGAUGAACUGUCAUCUAUGUGCCGGUAUCAAACACAAAGUCUUACUCCGGCGUCUGCUAGCCACGUUCUUUGAUAGAAACACUUUAGCCAAUAGCUGUGGGACAGGUAUCCGUUCUUCUACUAGUGACCCCAGUAGGAAACCCCUGGACAGCAGGGUCCUCAACGCUGUCAAACUCUACUGUCAAAAUUUCAACCCUAACUUCAAGGAGAGUGAAAUGAAUGUGAUUGCUGCUGACAUGUGCACAAAUGCAAGGCGUGUCCGCAAGCGGUGGUUGCCCAAGAUCAAGUCCAUGCUACCUGAUGGCAUGGAAGUGUAUCGUGCAGGAAUGGGCAUGGGUGCUGCUGUGGGCCUGGGCCUGGCACUGGGUGCCCCUCAAGCAGGGGUACACCUCCCCUUUGAGCCUGACUUCAAGGCCCUUGAGCAAAGGUUGUAUCCAGACCGCAAGGACCCUCUCAGGACUCACCCACCGCUGACAGAGGGCAGCCCCGGGUCUGGGGCGGCCGGAGCGGAGGCUGAAGGUGAAGGUGAAGGAGUAGUCCAGGAGGAACAGGAAGAGGAUGAGGAUGAAGCUGGGUUAGAGGGUGUAGACGGAUCAUUGGGGGCGCCAUCUUUGAUCCCAGGGGCUGAGGCGAGCGAUUGUGGUGACACGCCGCCUGAGCAAGAAGUAGAAAGUUUUGGACAAGGUCUGAGGGUGAAUGGACAGUGAAUGUCCUUUUUGGCGGCCACUCACAUUGUGAAAUCUGUUUAACGCUGCAUUUUCUUUUGCUUGCUCUCCACCACUCUUUCUUCUCCUCUGUGCUUCCUCAACAGAAAUUAUUCGGCACAAAAUGCUGCGCUCGUAGAUCUUACUAUAAAGGAAUUUGUCACACAUGCAUGCGCACACGUGCUUGUGUACACGCAUAUUUACUUGAUAGUGGAAGCAAAACACUGAUAGUAGAAGCAGACACAGGCAUGGCAGUACUACAUUCAGAAUAUCAACCCUCCACCGUUUCCUUAGUAUAUACAGUGUUUACUCAGUAUUUUGGCACAAGCUGCAAUAGCAAACAAAUGGCUGUAAUGAUUCAUCAUUUCAAUGCGAUACAAAAGAAACAGCUGCUUUGCUGGCAGUUUGUGGAAUUUGAUAUUAUGAUUUUAAAAAAGAUUCAGUUUUCUUUGAAAG